GUAGGACCAGUGAGGGGGCGGGGCGGAGUUGUGCCUCAAAGCGCCUGCGCGGAGAGCCCGCUCUCAGGGCAGGCUGGGAGGCGAAGAAGAGGAACACGGGGCGCGGGAGGCCCACUGCAUACGCAGGCGCACUCGGCGAUCCCGGCUUUUCAGCGCUCAGUUCCCGCACAGGUCUCGGGGGGCGGGGGCAGGGGCGGGGCCGGGGCGGGGAUAGAUGCUGAGGGACGGUCCAGCUUUAGCUCUCUGCUCGCCGCCGCCGCCGCUGUCGCCGCCACCUCCUCUGAUCUACGAAAGUCAUGUUACCCAACACAGGGAGGCUGGCAGGAUGUACAGUUUUUAUCACAGGUGCAAGCCGUGGCAUUGGCAAAGCUAUUGCAUUGAAAGCAGCAAAGGAUGGAGCAAAUAUUGUUAUUGCCGCAAAGACCGCCCAGCCGCAUCCAAAACUUCUAGGCACAAUCUAUACUGCUGCUGAAGAAAUUGAAGCCGUUGGAGGAAAGGCCUUGCCAUGUAUUGUUGAUGUGAGAGAUGAACAGCAGAUCAACGCUGCAGUGGAGAAAGCCAUCAAGCAAUUUGGAGGAAUUGAUAUUCUGGUAAAUAAUGCCAGUGCCAUUAGUUUGACCAACACAUUGGACACACCUACCAAGAGAUUGGAUCUGAUGAUGAAUGUGAACACCAGAGGCACCUACCUUGCAUCUAAAGCAUGUAUUCCUUAUUUGAAAAAGAGUAAAGUUGCUCAUAUCCUCAAUAUCAGUCCACCGCUGAACCUAAAUCCAAUUUGGUUCAAACAGCACUGUGCUUAUACCAUUGCUAAGUAUGGUAUGUCUAUGUAUGUACUUGGAAUGGCAGAAGAAUUUAAAGGUGAAAUUGCAGUCAAUGCAUUAUGGCCUAAAACAGCCAUACACACUGCUGCUAUGGAUAUGCUGGGAGGACCUGGUAUCGAAAGCCAGUGUAGAAAAGUUGAUAUCAUUGCAGAUGCAGCAUAUUCCAUUUUCCAAAAGCCAAAAAGUUUUACUGGCAACUUUGUCAUUGAUGAAAGUAUCUUAAAAGAAGAAGGAAUAGAAAAUUUUGAUGUGUAUGCAAUUAAACCAGGUCAUCCUUUGCAACCAGAUUUCUUCUUAGAUGAAUACCCAGAAGCAGUUAGCAAGAAAAUGGAAUCAACUGGUGCUGUUCCAGAAUUCAAAGAAGAGAAACCGCAGCCGCAACCAAAACCACGUUCUGGAGCUGUGGAAGAAACAUUUAGAAUUGUUAAAGACUCUCUCAGUGAUGAUGUUGUUAAAGCCACUCAAGCAGUCUAUCUGUUUGAACUCUCCGGUGAAGAUGGUGGCACGUGGUUUCUUGAUCUGAAAAGCAAGGGUGGGAAUGUUGGAUAUGGAGAGCCUUCUGAUCAGGCAGAUGUGGUGAUGAGUAUGACUACUGAUGACUUUGUAAAAAUGUUUUCAGGGAAACUAAAACCAACAAUGGCAUUCAUGUCAGGAAAAUUGAAGAUUAAAGGUAACAUGGCCCUAGCAAUCAAAUUGGAGAAGCUAAUGAAUCAGAUGAAUGCCAGACUGUGAAGGAAAAUAUAAAAAAAAAGUCGACUGCUAUGCUCAAAAAGUAAAAAAAGCUCAACAGUUAAAAUCUAAUGUUUGUUUUCUUCCCUGUUGUAUUAUAAAGAUAUGCACGUUUGUUCUGGAAAAAAUAGAAUUUGUUUCUAAAAGACUUGAAAUUGUAAUUAAAACGGCAAGCUAAUCAAACAUAAGCUUCAUUAAGUGGGAUUCUAAGACAGUAUGUGUUUUUAUAUUUCAAGGGUUUAACCCUUUGAGCCUUACAUCUCAUUCACUGUCUUUCUCCAAGAAAAGUAUUUUGGGCAGACAGUCAGAUCAAGCAGUAAAAUUAGCUCUUUCAAAUCUUCUUGUCAUGUAAAAUGAAGCUAGUCUGUUUUAAAAUUUUUAGUUUUGGAUUGUAUACUAAUGAAAAUCUUAAUGAUGUUUUUGAUUUUUAUAUACUUAUUUUAAAGAAAAUCUUAUAUAGUGCAUUUUACAAAAAUCAUAAAAACCGAAUUAACUACUACUGGCGAGGACUAAAUGAAACAAUCAUUUUUCAUUUUGAUAACUAGCUUUCCAGGUGGACUUAGCCAUAGGAAAAUAUUACUAAUGUAAUUUAACAAAUUGCUGCAUGUAUUCCAUUUAAAAAUAUGUUUAAAUUGUCCUAAAACAAAAUAAUUUUCUCCCAGGAGUAUACAUUUGGCUACAAUGUUUUGAAACAGGAACCUUAGAAUAGGUCAUUGGUAUGGGCUGAAUUGUGUAACCCCCAAUUCAUUUGUUGAAGUCCUAACUCCCAUUUCUUUUGAAUGUGACUAUUCGGAGAUGAGGCCUUUAAAGAGGUGACUAAGUUCAAAGGAGGCUGUUAGUCUCAUCCAACAUGGUGUCCUUUGGACAUAAGAGAUACCAGCGACGCGUGCACAGAACAAAGACCAGGAGAGGACACAGUGAGAAGGCAGCUAUCUGCAAGCAAAGAGAGAGGCCUCAGAAGAAACAAAAUCACCAGCACCUUGAUCUUUGACUUCUAAUCUCCAGAAUAGUGAGAAAUAAAUUUCUGUCGUUAAGCCGUCCACUGUGGGAGGCCGAGGCAGGAGGAUUGCUUGAGGUCAGGAGUUCAAGGCCAGCCUGGACAACAUAGUAAGACCCUGUCUCUACCCCCCUAAUAAAUUAAUUUAAAAAGCCA